CUCGCGUGCCCCGGUCACCCAGAGCCAGUCUAGUGAGAAGCAGCCAGCCGCCCGGUCCCCGUCAGUCCAUCGUCCGUAGCCUCCAGGACCCCGACGACCCCCGACCGCCACCUCGAAAGAAACGACAAGCAGGCCGGACAGGCUUCACUUCACUUACCAGCUCGUCAUUCCAUGAUGCUGGCGACCUGUGCCCGCCUUCGCGGAGGCGCCGUGCUCAGCCCGCUGCCCGCAGCGCUGCCCGCCGUGCUCCCGCCCCCCGCGGCUCACGGCGGCGCCGCACCCUCCUGCCCCCGGCGCGGCGGCGCGCGCGGCCUGCACGCCAUCUACGCCAUCAAGAGCAAGCGCAACGCCUCGUCGGCGCUGCCACCACCCACGCAGCCGGGCCGCACCGCGCUAUACGACUUCCACGUCGAGCACAAUGGCAAGAUGGUGCCGUUCGCGGGCUUCACGCUGCCGGUGCAGUACGGCGCGCUCAGCAUCGGGGACUCGCACCUGCACACGCGCGCCGACGGCUGCGCCUCGCUGUUCGACGUGUCGCACAUGCUGCAGACCGAAGUGCACGGCAAGGACCGCGCCGCCCUCAUGGAGGCCCUGACCACGGCGGACGUCCAGGGGCUGGCACCUAACUCGGGCACCCUGACGGUGUUCACGGACGCGACGACGGGCGGCAUCCUGGACGACCUGAUCGUGUGCAGCACGACGGAGGACAAGCUGUACGUCGUCUCCAACGCGGGCCGCCGUCACCACGACCAGAAGCUGAUGAAGGAGGCCGAGGAGCGGCUGCGGGCCGCGGGCAAGGACGUCGCCCUGCGCUUCCUGGAGCCCGACGAGCAGUCCCUGCUCGCGCUCCAGGGCCCCGGCGCGGCGCGCGCGCUCGCCCCGCUCAUCGAGGGCGUCGACCUGGACAAGCUCUACUUCAUGCGCACCACCGCGGCCAAGGUGGCGGGCGUGCCGUGCCGCGUGACGCGCUGCGGCUACACGGGCGAGGACGGCGUCGAGAUCUCCAUGCCCUCGGAGCACGCGCGCAAGGUGGCCGAGGCCCUGAUCGACAACGCGGCCGUGAAGCUGGCGGGCCUCGGAGCCCGCGACUCGCUGCGCCUGGAGGCCGGCCUCUGCCUGUACGGCAGCGACAUCGACAUCACCACGACCCCCAUCGACGCCGGGCUGGCCUGGCUAGUGGCCAAGCGGCGCCGGGAGGCGGCAGACUUCCCCGGCGCGUCCGUCAUCCUGCGGCAGCUCAAGGAAGGCCCUCUGCGGAGGCGCGUGGGGCUGGUGCCCGUGGAGCGGGGCCCGCCAGCGCGCGGCCACACCGCCAUCUACGCCAGAGGCGCCGAAAACGAGGACACCAUCGGCGAAGUGACGUCGGGCUGCCCGUCCCCGUCGCUGGGACACCCCAUCGCCAUCGGCUACGUGCAGGCGCCCCACCACAAGGUCGGCACGGAGGUCCAGCUCCUCGUGCGCAACAAGUUCGUCCGCGCCAAGAUCACCAAGAUGCCAUUCGUACCCAGCAAGUAUUUCAUGGCCCCCAAGUGAGGUGACUGGUGACGCGGCAGGGUGAUCGGCCCGCUUGAACUUGAAUGCGGAGCUCCAGCAGGCGGGGAGGGGCUCGAGCAGAGACAGAGGGUGCUUGGUCGAGGCCCCUGCCCCGGCCAUGACGGGCCUAUCUCCCCGCUUACGCGGAGUGGGCUCGGAAAUGGGGCUGAAAUAAUGUGAUCUGUGAUCAAGAAACGCCAACGGUGCCACUUUUUGACGAAAGCCGACUGCGUUCGAACUAGAUAGAUAAAUAAUUUUUGUGUACAUAUAGUCAUUACUUUAUAAAAUAGUAGGAGCACGUUUGUGAAAACUAUCAAUAAUGUAGCUCUAAGCUCUUGUAUGUAUACGUUUCCUUAAGUUUUAUAUUUUCUCGAUUGCAUUGAUGCGUUUUAGUGAUAUUGAAAUUAUUUUAUUGUAUCUGUACUGUACUGAUUCGUAGGGUAAUAAAUUUCUUUCUUAUUUUUGCA